AAAGCUCCUUGGAGCAUCCCCCUCAUGCCACCCCAGGGUGAGGGGUGGUUUGAAUCCUGCUGAGAUUGCUGGGGGAGGGGGGCAGCCAUGACCUUGGGUGGCCCCCAGUGUGGGGGGAAGGGAGAGAGGCCUCCUCCCCUGACCCCACCCGGGUGCCCCUCUUUGAUCCAGGCUGGCAGGGGGCCCCACCUGGUGCCGUUGCCUGCCCCAUGGGGUAUAGGGCCCCAGCCCCCUUGCUGGAGCUAUAGCCCUGGGGCACAAGAUUCAGUGGGACAAAUGAAGGGGGUGUUAUUCCUGGUACUUACUGCGGUGGGGGGAGCAGGGAAUGGCCCAAUUUGGGAUAAAUGUGGGGGGGUCUCCCCAAAUGUGCCAUGGGGCUCAGGAACCACCUGCUCCUAGUGUCCAAGGCUGAGGCUCAGUUUGUGGGGCUCGAUCCCAAGGUCCCCCAUCCGUUCGGGGGAGUUGUACCUCUUUGGGCUCCCCAUAUGCUGGUCCUGGCCUGAGGUGUCAAUUACAGCAGCCAGAGGGCUGCUCUAACUUUAGCUCUCCUCCCCCUGGCCCCUGGGGAGCAGAAACUACUCGAAGUGCAGUGCCCUCUGGCCACACCCCAAUCUGCCCCAUGUAGGGGGCCAGGGCCUGACCCCACUUCACCGUCUGGGGCCCCUGCAGGGGCGAUUCUUGGGGGGGAUGCAUCCUAUUCUGGCCCAUUCGCACUGCUGGAGGGCAAGUUUAACUGGGGGAUGGAUCUGUGUCUUAGGGUCCUGCUAGAUCCCGCUCCCUCUCCUACGGGCAGCCCCACCCCCAGCCUCCUUAUCCCUCCCCUAGGACCUGGGAUUUCCCAUUCAUUACUCUGCCGUUUCAUAACCCAAGGUGGUGGGGAACGCAGCUUCCGGCCUUACGAAGCGGGGUUUUCGCAGCAAUUGUGUCCCCCUGCCCCCCCCAUUCAAAAAAACCCCUUUGUUAACCCCUCCAAACAAGCAUUUCUCCCCCACCCCCCGCCUGUGUUUUAUUUUAAUUGCAAUGAUAUUUAUUAAACGAUUGUCUCGUGACUGUCAUGUUUGUGAUGGGUGACUGAUCAGCCGUGGGGAGGGGUGUGUGUGUUUCAUUUGAACUUGGGGGGGAGUUGUUCGCUGUGGGGCAGGCUGUGGGGUACAGCCCACCUGUCACCACUGAGAUGGAAAGGAGCUAACUCACCCCAACCCACACAGCGAUAGGGGAAUAGACCCCAGGAGCGUGGGACCCGAGGGUAGAGGUUUAAAGGCCAGAGGGGACAAUGAUGGCUGGGCCGAGGGGGUGGCCGGGCCCCGGAGGGGAUCCACCCCUCCUGAUGCUUCCUGGAGCCGAAGGUUCAAAUCCCAGCUGGGGCUGGGGCAGUUGGCUGGCUGGGGAAGGGGAAGGGGGUGGGGGUGGAGGUGGGGCGGUGUCCCUUGUCUGUCUGUCUGUCUCUAGCCCACCCGGGAGGCGAUGCCGGCGGCUUUGAUGACUGUUCUUUUCUCUUCAGUGUCAUUUGUUUUAUCCAGGAUGGCGGCAUGUGGGGGCGCCACUAAAAAUAAGCUCACGGUCUCUAAGCCCGUCUGGGACUUCCUGACCAAAGAGGCCCCCUCCAAGUUGGUCAGGCUGAAGGAGGAGACCAAGCUGAGCAUCCUGAUCGAUGGGGAGACCUCGGAGAUCUACGUGCUGCAGCUCUCCACGCCGGCCCCUGGGGCCGGCAACGGCCUCUACCUGGCCCGCAAAGCCCUCAAGGCCUUGCUCAAGGAGACGGAGAAGGAGUUGAAGAAGGCGCAGCGGCAGAGCGAGCUGGUGGGGUGCAUGGCCCUGCUGGACAAACCUGGGGGCGAGCUGCGCCCACACGGGGCCGGCGUGGUCUCCCGGGGUCAGCAGACCUCCGGGGCCAGGGCGGGGGGCACAGGAGGGGGAGGGGGCCUAGGGGGGGCGGUGGGCUGCUUGCAGGAGGAAGAGCAGGAGAGCCAGUGCCCCAUCUGCCUGGGCGAGAUCCAGAACGUAAAGACUCUGGAGAAGUGCAAGCACUCCUUCUGCGAGGACUGCAUCACGCGGGCGCUGCAGGUCAAGCGGGCCUGCCCCAUGUGUGGGCGCUUCUAUGGGCAGCUGGUGGGCAACCAGCCCGAGAACGGGCGCAUGCUGGUGUCCAAGGACUCGAGCCUGCUGCUCCCCGGCUACGAGAAAUACGGCACCAUCAUCAUCCAGUACGUCUUCCCGCCUGGCAUCCAAGGGGUGGAGCAUCCCAACCCUGGUGUGCGGUACCCGGGCACCACGCGGGUAGCCUACCUGCCCGACUGCCCAGAGGGGAACAAGGUGCUGGCCCUGUUCCGCAAGGCCUUCGACCAGCGCCUGACCUUCACCAUCGGCACCUCCAUGACCACGGGCAGAGCCAACGUCAUCACGUGGAAUGACAUCCACCACAAAACCAACUGCACCGGGGGACCCCAACUAUUCGGGUACCCCGACCCCACGUACCUCGCCCGGGUGCAGGAGGAGCUACGAGCCAAAGGCCUCACUGAGGAUUAACCCUUUCUCUGCUGCGGCUCCUGCUGUGGUGCCAGGGGGUGACCUGGGGGGGCAGGACAGCCCCACAGCGUCUCCUGUCCAGCUGGGCCUGGAGCGGCCACACAUCCAUCAAGACAAGGUGCUUCACUGGCUACGCCCUGGAUUGCGGCUGUCAGCGCCAGAGCCUCUCCCCACUGCCAGUGCUUCUUGGAGGGACGGGACGGGGGAGUGUGAGUGUGUGACUGGGUCGGGGGGUGUCUGGAGAGGGUAGUGAGAUCAAGUGUGUGUGUGUGUGUGUGUGUGUGACCAGGGAUC